UGCGCGCUGGGCCGCCUGCAGAAGCUGUACGUGAGCGGCACGGGGCUGCGCGAGCUGCCCGAGGAGAUCGAGGAGCUGCGCGAGCUGCGCAUCCUGGCGCUCGACUUCAACAAGCUGGAGCGCCUGCCCGACGGCCUGUGCCGCCUGCCGCGCCUCACGCGCCUCUACCUGGGCGGCAACCGGCUGCUGGCGCUGCCCGCCGACUUCGCGCAGCUGCAGAGCCUGCGCUGCCUCUGGAUCGAGGGCAACUUCCUGCGGCGCUUCCCGCGGCCGCUGCUGCGCCUGGCGGCGCUGCAGUCGCUGCAGAUGGGCGACAACCGGCUGCGCGCGCUGCCCGCCGAGCUGCCGCGCAUGACCGGCCUGCGCGGCCUCUGGCUCUACGGCAACCGCUUCGAGGAGUUCCCGCCCGCCCUGCUGCGCAUGGGCCGCCUGCACAUCCUCGACCUCGACCGCAACCGCCUGGGCGGCUUCCCCGACCUGCACCCGCUGCGCGCCCUGCGCGUCUUCUCCUACGACCACAACCCGGUCACCGGGCCCCCGCGCGUCGCCGACACCGUCUUCCUCGUGGGCGAGGGCGCCGUCGAACGCAUGGCCGAGCGGGAUGAACCGACGCCCCGGCCGCCGCCGCGCCGCCCGGCUCGGGCCUUCGAGGAUGAGGAGGAGGAAGAUCUACUCAUCGGGGGCGCCGCCCCCCGGGCCCUGGAGCCCCCCGGGGACAGCCUUCGCGCCCUGGAAGGUGCUCCGGGGAUGGGCACCUGAGCUUCCGCCCUGGGCCACGGGGCUAAGGGCCACUCUGGGAG